CCAUAGUCGACGCGGUAACACUAAUCAAGAUCGAUCAUGGGUCACCACGUCCGCCGAUUAGUCCUGGUGCUCCUCUUCGCUGCCGCGGCCAUGGCGACUAGCGAAGUGGAGACGACGCCACCGAUCCCGGACCAGAUAGUCCUCCCGCCACUCCCGUCGCCGGCCGACAUCCCGGUCACGCCGCCGUGUCUGAAGAGCAUAUCCGUGUGCGCACUCGUCUACCAGGACCCCUCCCAGCUGGCACCGUGCUGCGUCGCCGUCAAGAAGCUCUUCGGCAGCGACCCGGAGUGCAUCUGCAACGGAAUCGCUGAGGCUCAGAAGGUCGCAAAGCAGUCCGGCCUCAACUACACCGUCGACGGCCAGGAGAUGUUUCGCCGGUGCGAGAUGCCUCUCACCAGCUGCGACCCCGAAAAACCAGGAUCACAAAGCAUUGGAAAUGGAGCCCCUACUACGAGGUCCUUUGGUGUCUUUCAGAUCCUACUUGUCAUCCCAUUAUUCUUCAUGAUGUAAACCGAGUGCUGGGGGGCAUACUUUGCUUAUUUUUUGGACUUCGUUUCCCUCUUUUUUUUUAAUAUUUGUAAUCUCAUUUAUUUUAUAUGUUUGACUCAUGGUGCAAUCAAUAAAAAUCGGCGAGUGUUUUUCUCUUCA